AUCAUUCGUUCUAACUAAAAGAAACCUCUUUCUGAAUACACAACAUAAAUAUGGCUGACCCUAGUCUAUACAAAUACGAAUCCCCUCUUAAAGGCUACGAAAACUGUGAGCCAUUACCCAACGAAAAAUCUGAGGAUGGGAAAUCCUAUGUAAACCCACCAGCUGACAAGGCAAGCGAUGCCUAUAAUUUAUUCGUAGCCCCUAUUACAAAUGGCAUCCGUGGAGGUUUUGAUGUUCACAUCUACUAUCUCCAGAGUGACGAAGAAGAAACAAAGUUUGCCAAUGAGCUCUGGGAGCGUAUACGUCGCGAGUUCCCUGAGUUGCGCAUAUAUCGAGUGUGGGAUCGGCCAAUCGGACCUCAUCCUCUUGCUAUGUUCGAGGUUAACAUUUUCACUCCACAGCAAUUUGGUGCAUUUAUUCCUUGGCUAGUAAUCAACAGAGGUCCACUUUCAGCACUGAUUCAUCCUAAUACUGAUGACGAAGAGAGGGACCAUACACAACGCGCGACAUGGAUGGGACAGCCACUACCUCUCAACUUGAAAAUGUUCAAGAAGAGAGCACCAUCGAAGGUGUAGUUUUCUGUGAUUCAGCGAAGACGUGUGAGGCAUGAAGGCGCGUGCUCGAAGUGUAACGUAAUUUGUUGAGAUAACGUCUGCGAUAGACGCGAUAAAUUGGCAUCUUAAAGCAAUUCCUGCUGGGCCAAACUUUGAUG